AUGUGACUUCUGAAGCGACCACGGGUGAUGCUAGCAGCACUAUGUUAGCAAUUAUUACAACUGAAGAUACAGCUGAUAUGAUUGAUGUCACAGCAUUAGAAAUUGCAACAACUUUUGAUGACACAGCCAUGGUAAGGACAAUCGCAUCUGAAAACACCACAGCGGAAAUGACCACAUCAGUGAUCACAUCUCAAGAGGUUACAACUACUGGGGUUGACAUGACCACCAUACCAGCAACCACUUCUACUCCAGCUACCACAAGAACAGCUGGCACAACUAGGCCUACAACGGUGACAAAAACUCCAGAUGCUGAUCAGAAUGAAAUAGUUGUUAUACGAAAAGGAGAGGUUCUUGUCCUUGAUUGCUAUUUGGAGGAAGAUAAUGGAGUGCGGGAGGAGACCUUCUGGUUUUUUGAUGGUACACGUGUGUUUAACGGCUCCAGGUUAAGCAUUCCCAACCUGAAUCACACUCACCAUGGACGUGUCAUUGAAUGCAUAUAUGAGACAACUGUGGUGCAAAGAAGGACCAUUCAUUUUCACCAUGUAAAUAUCUUGGCGGUUAAUGAAACUCUGAGGCUGAACUGUACAUUCGAUCCCACCGCUGCCACCAAUGUCCGAUGGGAACACAGUGUCAACGGCCCUAAAUCAGACUGGAUUAUCACUAACCUUGAUAAUGUCACAUCACAGUUAAUGAUACAUGAAGUGACACUGGACGAUAGUGGAGUAUACAAAUGCAUGUCCUCACAAGGAGACGUCCUUAUGGUUUUUAACAUCUCGAUAGGAUUUAAACCACGAGUGCCCAAUUUUGUAUGUUCUGGAUGCAACACGUUAGCAUACAGAUGCGAAUGGCCAGAGCUUUUUGACACUCAUUUGCCAACUGAGGUCACCUUUGAAUAUAAAGUUAACAGUCCGGACCCUGCCUAUAAAUGGCAUGAAUGUGAAAUUGAUGGAAAUGGAUGUGAUGUAGAAGGGGCUGGUCACCAUACUCUCAGAUUGAAUAUCGCUAAUGAUUUAGCAACAGUCACGAGCUCCGGCGAGUAUGACGUAUUCCUACAUGCCAGGUUUCCUGCACCCCGUAUUAUCAGUAUCGCCUCAUUCGCCAAUAAAAUGGAUGUUUAUUGGACGCUAUCUGACUGUGGUAUUGAUAGAAGAAAUGUUUAUGGAUUUAUAUUCAGUUAUGAAAAUCCCUCCACAGGGCAGAUAAAGAAUAUAACAUUGACAUCGCCUGAUAAUAGACCCAGUCCGCAAGUAUUAGGGAGUAUGGCAAGCAAUACAAAAUACUGUAUCAGGAUGGUUGCUUUUGUAAAAAGAUAUGGAAAACCAAGGAACCUAGGAGACUGGUCUGAUAAAGUGUGUAACAGAACUUUGCCAACAGCACCAGAUGUGAUACUGAAUAUUGCAAAAAAAUACACCAGUGUUCAAAAUGAAGAAAGACCGGAUGAGAGAGAUGUCACUUUCACAUGGAGUGUUAAUCAAAAUAAAAACAGCGAGCAGCCUUUCCAGGGAAUAACUUCUUUUAAAAUUGAAGUGAGCCUGGAUGAUGAGACCCAAAAUGGAACCAAUGCUUCUGUGUUUACCUAUAAUCUUGAUGAUCGAUAUCUUUACCUUCUGCCUGAAGACAAUUUUAACUACACAAUUAAAGGCCUUUCCAAGCAUGAGAACUACACAAUCUCUGUUACGGCAGUCAAUUCCAAGGGAUAUUCAAACCCGCAGGAAAUUAAGGUGUCUGCUGUGCAGGAGAAAUUGAUGAAAAUCUCAGGAGGUCUUGUUGCUGGGUUAUGCAUUCUUGUCACCUUUCUCAUAAUGGCCCUUCUUGCAUUUGGAUUCCAGAGACUGAAGAAUAAUUCAAAACCUAUGCCAACGCCUGUAUAUCAUGGAAAUCUGGGCAACAUACAGCCGACUACUAUCGAGAAUGAGGUAUUUGAUGAACUCCCAUCAGUGUUAAAGGAGUCCCAGAGACAGCUUCUGAUGAGCAUGUCUAUAGAGUCCGAAGACUCCCAAUUGGAAGACAAAGGCUACAGAACAUCCAGCACAGGCAGCAGUUCCUCAAGGGGAGGUUCCAACCCUUCUUGCACACAUGGUGGGAAGGGUGAAAGAGUUCCACUUCUUGAGAUGCCAAGCAGCAGUAGAAAUACCGACAAGAGUCCCCCAUAUUCUGUGUUGUCUCAACUGAUGCCGUCCCCACCCCCUAUUCAGAUGGCACCCGAUGCUUUGGAAACAGACUUGGAUUCUUUGUCGCCAGUAGGUGGGCAUUACUCUUUCUCAGAAGAGGGUCUGUCAUUGGGAGGAUCCAGCGACUACAACCAGCUAGAGAACACCAGGGAUACGUCCUAUCCAAAUCCUUACUACGCAAUGGUUGGUCUGGUUCCUGUGAGAAUUGCAGAUUCACCCAGAGAUUCGGGAUAUGCAUCCGUUGGAAUUCGUAAAUGCUCCUCAGGUGGAUGCGAUGACUGCACUGAUGAUGAAAUUUGUCAACCUCCAACCCCAGCCCUACAUAAUUGUUCUUAUUUUUACUCUCUUUCUGAUCGUUCCAAAUCAGCAGGCCAACAGCCUUCCUUGGCACAUUGUGAUCCAUGCACAGGUUUGCCAAUGUCUGAGAACCUAACAACGAUUGUAGAAGGUCCAGAACAGUAUGUUCUCCCGUCUGGAUCUGAAUCCACAUCCCCUCAGGCUUGUAACUCUGGUUAUGUGGCUCACGGUGAUGUAUUUUUGGGAAAGCCAGCUGUCACACAACAUGAAUCAAGUAAUAACUAUGACCCUUCUUCUUCUUCACAGUCAUCCCCAGAACAUGCUGUCAUCAUCCACCCCAAGCCCCUUGAGAAUAUUAAAUCUCCACAUGAAUGCAUAGAUGGCGAAUUCGUUUCAGAUUUAACCAAUGCCCCACUGAACAUCGGAAGUGGUCCAUCUUCAGCGGCAAUUCAUCCUGUCUCAAGUGUAGCCAGGAGUAACUCGAGGACACCUUCGGAUAAUGGGUUUGUUGACUGUCCACCUUCCUCUGCCUCAUCCAGAAUCAGACCAAAUGGCAACACUGGGUAUGUCACUGCUGAGGAGCAAACACCACUCCGGAUGUCUUCUGCCGUUGAAGACACCCAUCAGUCUCAACAACCCAUGCAGAAUCCUACAGCUGAGACAGUUCGCCCUGUUCCCUCACUGAAUGGAAACAUUGGGCAUGUCCAGGCUGAGCAACUCUUGCCACUCAAAUUGUCUUCCGCUGCUGAAGACACCCAUCGGUCUAACCAGCCCUUGCAGAAUCCUGUAGUGAGGACAGUUCUUCCUACACCCUUUCAAAAUGCAAGUGGGUAUGUAGGCCUACCAAUCACCAGGACAAAUCCAUCAGGGUACAUAUCAGUGGAUGACUUACCCAGUACUAACCUACGACUUUAGCAAUCUCCAUUGGCCUUGAUUCUGUACUGGGAUUUGAUUUAAGCUCUGGUCUAAAGUUGUGGUUCUAAUUAUGAAAAGCCAAUUGUGACACUUAUCUCUUAACAGGUAUUAUCACCUUUAAAAAAAAAACUAAUUUGAGACUCAUCCAUAACUGACUGGCAAUAAUAUCUGAAAUAGUUCUCCUCAUCAUUAAACCAUGAGCCAAGAGCCAAAUAAAGAUAAGAAACACAUGAUGUAAAAUGCAAUUUUGAAUCUUUUGGGCUUCCCAUAAUUCAAAACUGUUAGAUCAUUUCCUUGCCUUAACUGUACUUCAGAAUACGGGCCAUUGACCCUACAUGUAUAUUAAACAAAGAGAUGCCAUCUUUCAGGGUUUUGCUUAUUUUCAUGCUCUUACACUUUCACAAUUCAGGCUUUUUAAGGCCUUAUAUUGUACAGCACACAUGUGGCUUUCACAUUUUUGGGUUCAUUUCGGACCUAUGAAUAAAAUGGCUUGCAUCCCCAUCAACAAUUGACCAUGCAUGCACUUGCCAAAAGUAUGUAGAGCCGAGAAUAUUCAGUUGACGCCGGCCUUCGCAAAUCUCUUCGAAAUGGUUUCGACUUCUGAGGAAGUAAAUCUCGAAGAACUAAAUUGUUUUGCAUUAUCUGGUUAGAGAAUUGUUUACACUAGAAUGAUUAUUUACAGAUAGACGCGUAUGCAGACUUGACUUAUCUGCAAACUCGCUAAGUAAUUUGCAUGCAGGCUAAUAUAAACGUAUAAAAAGCGCAAUGAGGCAUUUUCUAUUCAACUAUUGAUAUUGAAUAUUAUUGUUCUUUCAUCGUUGUGCCAUGUGUUCAAGAAUCUACGUAUUGCUUCUAAUCACUUUACUACAAAAUUAUUUGAAUUGAUAAGAUAUGAAUUCCACUUGUUUAUGCCUUCUUGCUCUCUUGUUCAGUACUGACAGCACACUUGCCUUCAGCCAUUUCUAAAUUUUGUCAGAGAGGAACGUCUUUAAAAAUGUGUUUGAGAAAUGGUGUAUUGUCUUAUUUUUAUGUACCAUGCUGUUUGUCCAUAAAUGUAUCUGUAUAAAUGUUUAUGAAUAUAUGUACAUAUUAUUGAAAUAUAUUUUGUUAAUUUAGAGAGAACUCAAGCCACAAAGUGAAAGUAAGUGUAGGUUACUUGAGUGAAAGUUACACAUAUUUGAAAUGCCUUGCUAGUUUUUAUGUGGAGAAUUUGCUGGCUUAUAGAAAUUUGCAUUCAGAAAAGCUAUUGAUACAGCAGAUCAAGGAAAAGUAUGCGGAGAUAUGGAGGUACAGACCAUUGGUCAUAGAAUAAUAGAAGGAGGUUUGAAAUUAAGAAUUGUUUAUUUCUGUGAAUCGGAGUCAAAUAUAUCACAGGUAUUCUGCACCCAAGAAAGGAAAUACAAGAACCAAGCAAUUGAAACAAAAGUGGCUUUGGAUAAUCAAGAUGAUCAAAUAGAAUGGAGGGGCUUGCCAAGAACUGCAUGCUUUCAUAAAUGAGAGGCAUGCAAGCUCCUGUGACUUGAUGGGCAAUUUCGUGAAGUAUGUACAGUAUGUCCAACCCUGUAUAUACAAGUAUGUGGUUCCUGCAUGAAAUGAUAUGUGGCAUUAUCAUGGUUUGAGCAGUCCUUAAACUCAAGAAAGAAUGGAGAUAAAUGGGUCGGAUGUGAAAAAUUUUGAUCGAUAUGGAAUUGCCCUGAUUUUAAUGAACUGUUUUUGAUUGGGUAGAGGUUUGAAUAUUUAUGUUGCCAGUGCCAUAUUACACAUUACAAAUACACUGUAUAUGCUAUUCCUAGAGGUUUACAAGUUUCCUCUAGUCUAGUUUAAUCUGGGUCCCGUUUACAAAUGCACAAUUUCUCCAACAAAUUUAUGAUCAGCCAAUCAGAUUGAAGGAUUUCAGUAGCUUUUAACUGUUAUUGUAAAUUUGUUAUGAUAACAAGUUUUAUGAAACAGACCCCCGUUUUUGCUUUUCAACUCGGCAACAGUAUUUUGUAUAUUAACUCUUUGUGCGCUGGACCAUGAACCCAUCUGUACUGAAUUAUUUUCAGGGAGGGAAACAAUGCAUUGUUUGUUGAGUGUGAAAUGCAAAGUUCGCACGGCACCGAGUGUGCAUUGGUGCGAAGUAUGAGUGGAAAGGGUUAAUAGCACAUUCAAUUGUUUUGGUGAAAUUCUUUUGUAGCUACUAUUGUAUUGUGAGACAGUGAAAGAAGAUGAUACUUUACCAAUGAAACAUAACAUAAUUAACUCUAUAUUUGAAUAAUUAAUACCUUAACUAAUUAGAUGUUUUUGAAGUAUUUUGUGUGGUCAUUACAUUUCCAUUUUUAAAGGUUUUUAUUUAAAAAAAAACAUAUAUUGAAAUAUAUUUUUAACCAUGUUGAAAAUAGAGAAAUUACCAAGGAAGUCAGCUUUCAUUGCAAAUACCUGUAUUUAAAAUUAUAUUAACAUUCCAUUAAGUAGAAUAUCACAAUAUGUAGAAUUCACAUAUUCAAGUCUAUUUUCUUGAAGUUUUUGUUUGUGUUGUUUAUUGAAAUAAAUCAAUAAAUUAUGUACAAGAUUGGAAUGAUAUUAUUCUGUGUUAUUAAAGAAAAUUGUAAAUAACUUUCAAUUAGGCAUAUUGAGGUAAGAAGAUUUUCAAAUUUCAUGUAAAAUUUCUUGAAAUUUAUUUCAUCUUUGUGACUGUGUAGUGUCUUUAUGUGAUGAGAGAUUUGUCUUUUUAUGUGUAGUACUGUAGUGGGUUGUUUUACAUAUUGCAUUUUGCAUUAUGAAAUUGUCUUCAAUGUGAGUGUUUGUAAAUAUUUUGUACUGCUGUAUGCAUCAAAUUGUUUAUUUUGUAUGAUAUAUAAUGCGAUGUGCAACAAAAUUGUUUAUUUUUCUACCUCUUUGUUCUAACUUGAUGACAUACCUUGUUUCAUAUAUUCAUCAAAUUGUUUGUAUUGCAAUGUAAAUGGAAUACACUAUGUGUUCAACUUUAAGCAAUUUUUUUUUCUUCUAUUUUUUGGUUUAACUUAAUAAUAGCCCUUAUCCUUGUAUAUUAUUGUAUGUAUAAAAGAAAAAAAACCCAAAUAAAUGAGGCUGAUAAUCUAUUCUUAUAAUGUAUGUAUAAUGAAAUAUACUUUGCCAAAAACAGAGACCAUCAAUCAUUUACAUAUACAGUGCGUCCCAGAAAAAAAAGAAACCACAAUUCAGUGUAAUAUUUGACAUCAUAAUCAUAAAUUUGCUUCAUUAGAUUCACAUCAAUGACAAGAUAUGCUUCCCCUCUUUCAUUUGAAGCCCUUUUUCUCGACCAUCUUUCAUUCAUAUUUUACGCAUAAGGUCUCAUAUGGAAGUUGAAAAGAUGGAUAUUCAAGUUAUAAAAUUUGUUUGCCGAAUAGAUAGCAGUUAGAAGCCAGAAAAACUCACUCAAAAUCGUAAUUUGCUCGUGCAAAAGAAAAUUAGAUAGCACCACUUUCCAUUGUUCUAACUCAGUCAUACUUGCAGUAUGAACGUUGAGAUGGGUCUCAAAUUAAAGAAGAGAAGCAUUUUAUAAAGAAAAUUUAUGAUCAUGAUUGGUAAAAAUCACACUGAAUCAUGGUUUCCUUUUUUUCUGGGACACACUAUAUAUAUAAUCUUUAGGAUUAGCUUGUUUUCCAGAAACCAUCAAAUCUGACAUCAUUAUACAAUUUUCAAAUUAAAUAAUCUCUAGGCCUACCAUGUAAGUGUCGUCCUGGAACAAUUAUCUUGAUUUCUUGAAGUUAGAUUAUUUGUAAAUUCAGAUUUUUUAUAAUUUUUUUUUUAAAUUGAGAUCGAUGCUAAUCCAACAAUGAGCUGUAGUGUUAUAUCUAUAUAAGCACUCUUCAAGUUUUGUAAUUGGAUCUGAUCAGUCUUGAACACACACAAUGUACAUGACUAUGUGCACAUUCUCCACUCCCUUGGGAGUAACCCAGCCAAUCAUUGUGUGAGCCGCUCAUGUUGCUAUGCAAUCUGCAAUGACUUUGAGUUUCACCUGGUUGGAGAUUGCCAAAACACAUUAAUAUCUUGCCAUGGGAUAAUAGGAAGUAGAGUUAAAUCCAACCUCAUGGCAAGGGUGAAGCACAGAGCUUCAAAAUAUAUAACGGUUUAAGCCAUUUACUUUAUUUUUUAAAAAGAAUUCUAUGUACAGCUCAACUUGUAAUCAGUGUUGCCAAUUAAUCCUCAAAUGUAAUUGAAUAGCUCUAUAAUUUUUUGAAAAGUAUUUGAAUUGAAUUUGGGCACGUUUCGUAAAGAAUGAAGUAGAAGUAUUUUUAGGAGGUCAUCAUCUUACUUAGAUAACCAAACGAUUGGAGGGGCGAGGUUGUGUGUGUAAACAAUGCCCCACCCCUUAAUUGCUUUGUCCGUAGCUUUCAUGCAGGGGUUGUGAUUGGGUGGGGGGAGGGGGGAACAUACUUUAUAAUACACCGGCGAAUGAUCUUUGACGGCGUUACGUAUAGGAAUCAAUGCACAGUUGGUUAGUUGGUCCACCUGUAGUUGCAAAUCUUGCUGAGAGGUAUUGCCAUUAUAACGCAUUUCUUUAGUGAAUACCGUAAUAUUCGUAUCUCGUAACAGGCCGUCAUAAUAGGGCUGGUAUUGAUCACCUGAACAGUGUUAUUGUGUUGGAGGGGGGGGGGGGGGUAUGUCACUGGCCCCUCCCCUAUCAUGGUCUCUAACCUUGCCCCACCAGCCCCCUGGUACAAUGCCCUGCUAAGCAGGAAUAAGUUUCUUUUGACGACUUCUUUCUUACCACAAAUACUUACACAGCUGCAAUAAGCAAUAUUAUAAUUUCAUAUUAAUACAUUAUUGUAAUGUUAACGUUUCUUUCCAAUUUUAUCAAUCGUGUUAUAAUGUAAAGAUAUCAAUAUUGAUGCAUUGUGUAUUGAGAUUAUACUUUUUAUAACAAAGGGAAAUAUUGUAUUUUAAACAAAUGAUUUAUUAAUUGUACAUAUCUGUUCAAGUAGAAUAUGUUGUGGAUUCAUCUACAUGUAUGUUCACGUGCAGCAGAAAACGGUGUCACAAAAUGUUUUUUUUUUGUCAAAGGCAAUUUAUUAAACUAAAUUUACUUUA